AUGUCGGAAACCGCAGCCAGUGCGCGUCGGUCAUACGCUGAACUCUAUGCAAAUGCAGCAAUGAGCAGCAUUGAGAACUGGAGUGACCUUCCCGAGCCGGCAACGCGCCUUACUAGUACAGCUGGAGGUCCGACCCGGUGGAGCUCGCUGCACCCCGACCUCCCGUGGAAGCUGGAAUCGAUAUUGGCUCUUGUAUUGCUCGGCAUGUACGAGCUUUGCCAGCGGGGCAAUUUCUCGAAGAUGCGCGCUCGAACCAACCAGGCAUUGACAACAGCGGUGGAUCUGUCACUACACACUGCCGACCCGGACGAGCCAGGCUGUUCAGAUGCACAAAGUCGAGCCUGGUGGAUGACGUUAUCAUUCUUCGAUUCUCAGUAA